AUGCCUAUGAAGGGUAUUCGACGUUUUGGAGUUACAGGAAAGCUCAGUUCAUGCUACGUGGGUCCAUUUGAGAUUCUGGAGCGAGUUGGGCCAUUAGCGUACCAUCUAGCCUCGCCACCGCAGUUGGUGCACAUGCAUGACGUUUUUCAUGUCUCCAUGCUACGCAAAUAUAUUGCGGAUCCCCGUCAAGUUAUAGACUAUCAUCUCCUCCAAGUGGAAGAAAAUGCAUCAUAUGUAGAGUCACCCAUCAUGGACGUACGUGAGCAGCGAGCAUGGAUGUAUAAUAGAGUGGCACCUAAUCGUCGAGGGAUAACAAAUGAGUUCAUAUGCGGAGUUGAGAGCUUCAUACAUUAUGUAUGUGCUCGACCACAGUUCACACAGGACGAUGAGACCUUAAGGUGUCCGUGUGUUAAGUGUCAAUGUAGAAAAUUUCUAAGUGUGGAUGAUGUGAAGUUGCAUCUUUAUCAGAAGGGAUUCAUGGCCCAUUACUAUUACUGGACAUGCCAUGGGGAAGACGAGCCUCCCAUGGAAUCCCAGGUCCGAACGAAUGCUGGUGCAUAUAAUGAAGCACAAGGGGUUUACGAGGAUAAUCCAAAUCCAUAUGAUGCAAUGGUGAUGGAUGGUGCAGGUCCUUCUGUUAGGGCACAUACGUUGGAAAACGAAGAAGAAGAGCCCAAUGUAGAUGCGCAAGACUUCUAUGAAAUGUUGGAUAAUGCAAGAACACCAAUAUAUGAUGGUUGCACUACUCACACCGAACUUUCUACAGCGAUGAGGAUGCUUAGUAUUAAGGCUGAUUUCAACUUACCUGAGCAAUGCUAUAAUGCUUGGGUGCAACUAAUAAAUGAGUUGAUGCCCGAAGGAAACCGGAUGCCCAACGACUUUUACAGGACAAAGAAGAUGGUUUCUAAGCUGGGCCUUGGGUUCCAAAAGAUUGAUUGUUGUGUUAAUAUGUGUAUGCUUUAUUUUAAAGAUGAUACAAAUGCAACCGAGUGCAAGUUUUGUCAUGCCCCACGAUAUACAAGCCGCAAGGUAGGUCCUGGGAGGCGAAAGGAUGUUCCAAUUAAACGGAUGUGGUAUUUACCUAUAACACCUAGGCUCCAGAGGCUUUACGCGUCGAAGACAACAGCUGGGGAGAUGAGAUGGCACUAUGAAAACCCACGGGAGCCUGGUGUGUUAUCCCACCCAUCUGAUGGAGAAGCAUGGAAGCACUUCGAUAAUGUGCAUCCUGAUUUUGCUUGUGAACCACGCAAUAUCAGGCUUGGGCUAUGUGCUGAUGGCUUCACACCAUAUGGUCAAUCUGGGAAAACCUAUUCAUGUUGGCCUGUGAUUGUCACUCCUUAUAAUCUUCCUCCAUGGAUGUGCAUGCGACAAGAGUAUUUGUUUCUUACAAUAAUCAUCCCUGGUCCUCACAAUCCGAAAUCCAAAAUAGAUGUGUUCCUACAACCUCUCAUAGAUGAGUUGAAAAUGUUAUGGGAUAUUGGCGUGCCAACAUAUGAUAUUUCAUUAAAACAAAACUUUCAAAUGAGGGUUGCACUGAUGUGGACUAUUAAUGACUUCCCAACCUAUGGUAUGCUAUCAGGUUGGAUGACUGCAGGCAAGUUAGCAUGUCCGUAUUGCAUGGAGAAUUCAAAAGCAUUCACGCUGAAGCAUGGUCGAAAGACAUCCUUUUUUGAUUGUCAUCGAAUGUUUUUACCCAUGAAUCACCCAUUUCGAAGGAACCGAGAUGCUUUUGUUAAGAAUAAGAUUGAGAAGGGUGGGCCCCCACCACGAUUGAGCGGUGAUGGAAUAUGGGGUCGAGUUUGGGCAUUGCCAGAAAUAAUUGAAACAGGUCCAAUUCGCACGCAAGGCUACGGGGUAGACCACAAUUGGACAAGGAAAAGUAUUUUUUGGGAGUUGCCAUAUUGGAAAACAAAUCUCAUUCGCCAUAAUUUGGAUGUAAUGCAUAUUGAAAAGAACGUAUUUGAUAAUGUUUUUCACACUGUGAUGGAUGUGAAGGGAAAAACAAAGGACAACAUUAAGGCUAGGAUGGACAUAAAAGAGUAUUGUCGACGUAGAGAACUUGAGUUAGUGGCACAAGGUAAUGGCAAGUACUUAAAGCCAAAGGCUCGGUAUGCACUCAAUGUGGAACAAAGGAGAGCAGUGUGCGAAUGGGUAUGUGAAUUAAAACUUCCUGAUGGAUAUGCAUCUGAUUUGGGUCGUUGUGUAGACAUGCGAGAAGCAAAGUUGCAUGGCAUGAAAAGCCAUGAUUGUCAUGUUUUCAUGGAACGCCUCCUCCCAAUUGCACUAAGAGCACUUCCAGACCCUAUAUGGAAGCCUCUAGCAGAGUUGAGUCAAUUCUUUAGGGAAUUGUGUUCUUCAAGUCUCAGAGUAGAUAAGCUAGAAAUAAUGGAGGAAAAUAUUAAGGUAAUCAUUUGCAAGAUGGAGCAAAUUUUUCCACCUGGGUUCUUUAACUCAAUGGAGCACUUGCCUAUACAUUUAGCUUAUGAGGCACGUGUUGGCGGCCCAGUGCACUAUCGUUGGAUGUAUCCAUUUGAGAGGUUUUUGCACACAUUGAAGCGUAAAGUUAAAAAUAAGGCACGUGUGGAGGGCUCCAUUUGCGAGGCAUACAUCACAGAGGAAACCUCCACUUUUUGUUCGCAUUAUUUUGGACCUGAUGUACAAUCAAGAAUCAGACGAGGUCCACGGAAUGAUUAUGGUGUUGACUUAUCGCCAGAUCAAUCAACUUUUUCCAUCUUCAAUCAAUCUGGUCGACCAUCAGGUGCAUAUAAAGAUCGAUUAUUGGAUGAUCGAGAAAUAGACCGUGCCACGUUGUAUGUUCUUUUGAAUUGUGAUGAGGUCCAACCAUACAUUAAUUUAUUUGUGGAUUAUAUUAAAGCGGAUGCACCACACAUUACUGAAAUCGAUGUAGAUAAGAGGAUAGAGGUUGAUUUCCCGAAAUGGUUUAAGGAAUACGUGCAUGAUCCAACGAAUGAGAUUAAUGAUCAACAAAUACGUGACAUGUCAUGGGGGCCCUUGAGAAUGGUGCGCACAUGGCCUAUGUACAUCAUAAAUGGGUAUAAGUUUCACACAGAUUCAUGGAGUCAAGGCAAGUCAACAAGAAACAGCGGCGUUUGCACUAGAGGGUCAGUAUACGGGCAACCCGAAGAUGACUAUUAUGGUAUACUUCAAGAGGUAAUCCAAUUAGAAUACCCGGGAUUACCAAUCAAACAAGUGGUGCUAUUUAAUUGCACAUGGUUCGACCCGACUCCUAGACGUGGGACUCGAAUACAUGAUCAAUAUGGAAUAGUUGAGGUUCGAGCUAACAGAAGGUACAAUCGGUAUGAUCCUUUUAUACUUGCCUCUCAAGCGCAUCAGGUUUAUUAUGCUCCGUAUCCAUCUCGACAACGAAAUUUGGUAGACUGGUGGGUGGUUAUUCGAGCUAAGGCUAGGAGCACAGUUCACGCCCCAACUAUCGAGAGACCAAGGGAUGCAUAUCAGGCAGAUGAGGAAACGUCAGUGCAGCCAGUUGGAAAUGAACAACUCAACACCCUUAGAGAUGAAGUUGGUGAAUUCGAAUGGGUGGAUGAGCACUCAUUUGAUCAGAACCUUGUUGCGGGUGAUGAGGAGGUAGAUGCUGAAGAGGACGAAGAUGAGGACGAAGAUGAGGAUGAAGAUGAGGACGAAGAUGAGGAUGAAGAUGAGCAAUCAGACGACACAGAAUAG